AGGUACUUCCGAAGAUCCCAGUUUACAGCGAUCAGUUUCGGUUGCAACGGGACUGAACAUGAUGAAGAAGCAGAAAGUGAAGACCAUCUUCCCGCACACUGCGGGCGCCAACAAGACCUUACUCAGCUUUGCACAGGGAGACGUCAUCACGCUGCUCAUCCCCGAAGAGAAGGAUGGCUGGCUUUAUGGAGAACAUGACGUGUCCAAGGCGAGGGGUUGGUUCCCAUCGUCAUACACGAAGUUGCUGGAAGAAAACGAGACGGAAGCAGUGACUGUGCCCACACCAAGCCCCGCGCCGGUGAGAAGCAUCAGCACCGUGAACUUGUCUGAGAACAGCAGUGUUGUCAUCCCCCCACCUGACUACUUGGAAUGCUUGUCCAUGGGGGCAGCUGCCGACGCGGCCAGAACGACAUCCACCUUUAAGGCCCCAGCAUCCAAGCCCGAGACCACAGCUCCUGUGAGUAAAGCCACAGCGGGGCGUCCUGUGUCCUGGACUCGCCAUCCCGACUGGGAGGCACAGGUUGCUGUUCCCUCGGUGGUGACCGCCUUGCUCUGCUCUGCCCCCAGUGGGAGGGUGUCCCCCGCCCCCCGCCCCGCUCCCCGGGAGGAGGGAGGAGGGGCCUUGCCGCCUUUGAUCCUCUAG